AUGACAAUGGGCUCCACUGUCGCUACACCAAGUAUGAAAAUCCUUGUAUGUCCAUCUGGCUUCAAGGGUAGUCUCCAGCCAAGCCAGGCUGCAGACUGUAUUGAAGCUGGCAUCCUCGCCGUCGAACCUAAUGCCUCGGUCCGGAAGGUCCCGUUGGUUGAUGGCGGAGAGGGCUUCACCCAGGCUAUUGUUACUGCAACAGGAGGUUCAUUGCACCGAGUCCCUGUAGUUGGGCCUGUGGGAGAGAAGGUUAUGUCAUUCUUCGGAUUGCUUGGUCACAAGGAUGAUGAGCCACUCACUGCCGUCCUUGAGAUGGCCGCUGCCGCUGGUCUCAGCUUAGUCCCACCCAAUCGGCGCAAUCCAGGCAAGACAACAACCUUUGGCGUUGGAGAGCUCAUCCUUGCUGCGCUUGAUGCUGGGGCUACCCGCAUUCUGGUUGGAUGUGGUGACUCUGGAACGUGUGAUGGUGGUGCAGGAAUGCUUCAAGCUCUUGGGGCGAGGCUGUUUGACGCUGAGGGGCGUAUCUUACCUGUCGCCCGUGGCGGCGAGUCACUAUUGGACCUUGGAUCUAUUAACCUUUCUAAGGUUGACAGUCGUGUCUUCAAAGCCAAGAUUGACGUUGCUGUAAAUUGGCACAACGUCCUUUGCGGACCAGACGGAGUAGCAAAUGUCUUUGGUCCCCAGAAAGGAUCGACCCCAGAGCAGGCCGCUCGACUUAGCCUUGCCAUGGAAAAGUUGGCAGAAGUUGCUACAGGCAUUCUCUGCGACAAGACAGUGCGACUGGCUCCUGGAGGUGGUGCUUCAGGAGGUCUUGGAACAGGUUUGCGCCUGGUUGGAGCUACUCUUAGGCCCAGAUAUGAGGUCAUCAUGCAGUACAUCAACUUGCACAGUAUAUUUGAUGACUGCGAUCUUGUACUAACUGCCGAAGGUGGCAUUGAUGAUCAAACACCCAGGGGUAAGAUCCCCGCAGAAGUGGCCAGACUUGCAAAGAAACAUGGACUUCCUGUGAUUGCCAUCGCUGGUACGAUUGGGCAAGGAGCCAGAGUGAACUACGAUAUUGGGAUUGAUGCUUUCACAUGUAUCAUCCAGCGACCAAUGAGUCUGGAUGAUGCGGUUAUGGAAGCGGAGAAAUUAACCCGGGAGAGUGCCGAGACUGUCAUGAGAAUUGUUGUGGUUGGAAGGAUGCUGGGUAAAUCCCUUGCAUGA